AUGAAAUACUGGUGGACGCUAGGCACUUUCCCUACUGGGAUGGAAACACCGUUCCGUUUGCAAGAAUUUUUGGCAACCUACCAGAAAGAACACGUACCGAUUGAGGUGGAAGAGUGGCUUCAGUGCUUUGUAAAGGAUCCAGUGGAGGAGCUCACGAAUGCUUCCAAAGAGUUGCUUGAUGCAGUUGAGGCGUGCCCCGAAAUUGAAUUAACACGCGGGUACAAGGCACUACAACCGAGUAUAGUCCCUUUACGUAAGGCGAUGGGGAAAUUUGAGAAGCAGUUGGGGGUUUCAAUGUCCCCUGUAGGUGUUCGUGCGGUCGUGUCUAGCUCUUUACUGAAAGAACGAUUUCUCGAUGACCUCUAUGAGUACAAAGAAAUACUCGAGAGGGAAGGGAGUACCCCUCACCGUCGGUUGGCGAGGAAAAGUUUUGAGAAUAUACUCCCAGACGGGGGCGAAGGGGAAUUAUACGUGACUGACAGAAAGACCGAUGAGGUUGGAAAAGAGUUAGGCGAUUUUGUAGGAGCCGUGGCCUCUCCACCGAGUACAACAGCUGCUGACGAAAGGAAAUUAAUUCAUUUGCUUACAACGGUUUCAGAAGGGUGUGUUAGUUCUGGGCAUUAUAAUGAUGCGACAUCAAUGUUAUCUAAUGCGUUGAUGUUUUGCCAUGAUUCUGACGCACAGGCUGUUACCCACGCAAAUUUAGCAAUCAGCUGUCUGUUAAAUGGUGAAUUUAAACAGGCGGAAUAUAAUGGGAGGGAAGCAGCACUUCUUCAACCCAAGGCAAAACCUGUUUCUAAAGCUGGAGCAAGGGGUUACGCGGUGUGGGCUACUGCUGUGGCAUAUCAAGACGACCUUGACGAGGCUGAAUCAAUCGUGCGCAAUGCGCUUUGUAUACAUGAGGGUAAUGAGCAACUUAGUCAAUUGGCUGGCCAACUGCGUGAGUUGCGUUCUGCACAAUCAUCUGUUUCUUCAAGUGACGAAGUCCCUUCUCUUCUUCGAGGAAGUAGAUCCCAGCUGCCGUCUCAACGAUCGCGAGCCCUUGCCAACGGUAGUGGCAAGACUUUUGAUAACGAAUUCGAUUGGAUCGUGUUUAAGAAUAAGCUCUAUCCAAGCAAAAUGAACCCAACUACAAAUGAAAUGGGGUCUGUAUUCCGCCGUGUGGGUGACUUGGGGUCGUUUAUCUCUACCUCCAGGUCUAUGGAACGAUUGUAA